CGAAUUACAAAUUACUCCACUAUUAUUACAGUACUAUUAUUUAGCUAGCUUCAAGUAGCUGCACUGCAUCAAAUCAGCAACAUAUGUACUUGUAUCUCUUAACUUCACUUUCGGCGCAUCCAGUUCUCAGAUAAUCUCCCCGGAUCUGCUCACUAGUCUUCUCUUCUUGUAUGCUGCUGCUGAUAAAAGGGAAAAAGGGAAAAUCCCUGCUUCACCGAUUCCGGUGUUUGAGGUGAUCAAAGAUUUUAAAAGUUCAAAAAAUCAGAAUUGAUUCCCAAUUAUGCGGCUCCCUUGUUGUUCGGUUUGCCACAAUCGCUACAACGAGGAUGAGCGGUGCCCUUUAUUGCUUCAAUGCGGCCAUGGAUUCUGCAAGGAGUGCUUAUCAAAGAUGUUCUCAGCAUCGUUUGAAACGACCCUUUCCUGCCCGAGGUGCCGCCACGUUUCCAUGGUGGGCAACUCUGUCACCGCUUUGAAGAAGAACUACGCGAUCCUAGCUCUAAUUAAUGACUCCACCACUUCUGCUUCCAACUAUUUUACUGAAGAUGAGGACGAGGAGGAUGAAGAGGAUGCGGAAGGUAAAGAAUUGUUCGGUAAUGAUGAUGACGACGGCGAUGAUGAUGCCGCGAGGAGGCGGCGCAGGGGGGUGCACGCCGCCACCACUACCAGCUGCGGUGGAGGAGGAGGGAGUGGGAGGAUUGAGGUGGGAAUGCAUCAGGUGGUAAAUUUAGUGAGGAGGAUUGGGGAAAAUAAUAGCAGCAGUCGGAGGGCAACGGGAGGAGCUAUGGUGGAGAUGUGGACCGCUACCAUGGUUGGAAGUAAUGGCCGGUGCCGCCAUAAGGUGGCGGUUAAGAAGGUGGCAUUCGGGGAGGAGAUGGAUGUCGUUUGGGUCCAGGGGCAACUCGAAGGGCUGAGGAGAUCGUCAAUGUGGUGCAGGAAUGUGUGUGCAUUUCAUGGCGCCACAAGAUUAGGCGACGGGAGUUUAGGUUUAGUCAUGGAUAGGUGUAAAGGAUCUGUGCUGACAGAGAUGCAAAGGAAUGAAGGACGUCUUACCCUCGAGCAAAUUCUUAGGUACUUGCUUAGUUCCACCAUAUUCUCUAAAACUAGAUGUCACUAGUUGAAUGAUCACGGGUUAUAAAUUGGUUAUGUAUUGUUUCCGUUUAUGCUUACCUGCCUUUUCGAUUCCAACUUCUUGGCCGGGCCACUUUUUUCUCAUUUUGGAUUGGGCCGGAAAAGAUCAUCACAUUCGUUAGUGGAGUUUGUAUCUUGGCCUACUAAGCUAAGCUAGGUCUUUUGAACUUAGUCGAGAGCUUUACGUUCAAGUUCCCAUGUCGAAGGUUUAUUGAGUUCAAAGGCGCAUUAAGUUAAUGAAGGAAUUCACGGUUUAGUAAACAGAAACUAGAAACAUUUAAGAGAUAAUUCACCAAUUAUGUUAAUUGUUUCUUGUAGUUUUACUUGUUCUGUUACCGUUGCUUUGAAUGCAUAUCAAAUCAUUUUACUUAUUAUCUUGUAGUGUUAUUUUUACUAUGUCUGCUUUAUGCUUGCCACAUAUAAUGAUGAUUGCAGUUUGUCAGCGAGUGGUUUUGUUUUAUGUUUACUGGUCCUUCAAAAGCCUUGAGGAAAACAGUGGAAAAAGUUAUUUUCAGUGACAAGACUAUGCUCGGGUUCAUUUAAUUUAGUAUCAGAGAAGCAAGUUAGAAAGAUUAACUAAUAUUAUCUUUUCCAUUCCAAGUUUGGUUAGAUGAGCUUCUCCAAUAUGGAAUUUUACAGGUUUGUGUGUCACUGAUAAUUUAUUUCAUGUUCCCUGUCGUGUGGCUGUCCAGUCAAUAAUAUGCAAUGAAGAUAUCUCCGAGUAUUCUUUAUAUAGUAAGUAAUGAACAUUCUUGAACAGUGUUAUUUAGUUUGAUAAUGUUGUUGAAGUGCCUGCAAGCAUGGCAAUCCACACCGAUGGUUUCCUUGCCAACUGAUUUGGAAAAAGGUUCCGUUGAUAUAAAAGCUCGAAACCUUAAUAACAGCAACACUAAUAUUACACUUUUGUAUGGUGAUGUUUGACGAUGAUGAUUUGAUUUCUUGUGUUCCUCUUCCCAUUUUUUUUUGUUUCAUGAUUAAGAUUGAUUCUUGAUUGUAGGUAUGGGGCAGAUAUUGCUCGUGGAGUGGCUGAACUCCAUGCUGCUGGUGUUAUUUGUAUGAAUAUUAAACCUUCCAAUAUUUUAGUAGAUUCAAGUGGUCAUGCAGUCGUGUCUGAUUAUGGGCUCCCAGCAAUACUUAAAAAGCCUGCCUGUAGAAAGGCUCGAUCAGAGGGUGAGUCUGCAAGAGUGCAUUCGUGUAUGGAGUGCACCAUGCUGAGCCCUAACUACACUGCUCCUGAGGCAUGGGAACCUGUUAAGAAGUCGCUUAACCUCUUCUGGGAAGAGGCAAUUGGCAUAUCUGCUGAAUCAGAUGCCUGGAGCUUUGGUUGUACAUUAGUGGAAAUGUGCACCGGUUCUAUCCCGUGGGUUGGUUUAAGCGCAGAAGAAAUCUAUCGGGCUGUUGUCAAGGCAAAGAGGCAACCUCCUCAGUAUGCAAGUGUAGUUGGAGUCGGAAUACCUAGGGAUUUAUGGAAGAUAAUUGGUGAAUGCUUGCAAUUUAGGCCAUCUCGUAGACCAACUUUUAGUGCCAUGUUAACAACAUUUCUUCGCCACUUGCAAGAGAUACCCCGUAGUCCCCCGGCAAGCCCAGAUAAUGUAUUGGCUAAAUAUCCAUUGGAAAAUGGGAUGACACCAUCUGAUUUGGUUGGUCCAAAGUUCAGUCAAAACAAUCCCAACCUUCUACUUCAGCUUGUCUCUGAAGGCAAUGUGAAUGCUGUCCGAGACUUGCUUGCUAAAAGUGCAUCUGGGGAGAGUAUUUCCUCAUUGAGUUCUCUACUCGAAGCUCAAAAUGUUGAUGGUCAGACUGCUCUUCACCUAGCUUGUAGACGGGGCAGCUUGCAACUUGUUCAGGCUAUUUUGGAAUAUAAAGAGGCUAAUGUUGAUGUUUUAGACAAAGAUGGCGAUCCUCCAUUAGUUUUUGCACUGGCAGCUGGUUCUCCUGAAUGUGUGCAUGCCCUCAUCCGUCAUAAUGCUAAUGUCAAAUCUGUAUUGAGGGAAGGCCUGGGACCAUCAAUCGCUCAUGUAUGUGCCUAUCAUGGCCAACCAGACUGCAUGCGUGAGCUCUUGUUAGCUGGGGCUAAUCCGAAUGCAGUAGAUAAUGAGGGCGAAUCUGUACUUCAUAGAGCUGUUGCCAAGAAAUGUACAGAAUGUGCAAUUGUUAUUUUGGAAAAUGGAGGCUGUAAAUCAAUGGGUGUCUUGAACUCGAAAAAUUUGACACCGCUGCAUUUGUGUGUAAUGACAUGGAACAUAACUAUUGUCAAACGAUGGCUGGAGCUGGCUUCUAAGGAAGAGAUUGCUGAAUUUAUUGAUAUUCCAAGUCGGGGUGGAACUGCUUUGUGCAUGGCUGCUGCCUUAAAAAAAGAUCAUGAAGCUGCAGGUAGGGAGCUUGUACGCAUGCUGCUUGCAGCUGGAGCUAAUCCCACUGCAGAAGACCCCCAAAAUGGUAGAACAGCUCUUCAUAAUGCAGCGAUGAUUAAUGACGUUCACUUGGUUAAGGUUAUUCUUGAUGCUGGAGUUGAUGUUAACAUCAGGAACACACACAAUACUAUACCUUUACAUGUGGCAUUGGCCAGAGGUGCAAAUUCAUGUGUAGAAUUACUUUUAUCAGCAGGGGCGAAUUGUAAUUUGCAGGAUAAUGAUGGCGACAAUGCCUUUCAUAUAGCUGCUGAGGUAGCAAAAAUGGUACGGGAAAAUCUCGAAUGGAUCACUGUUAUGCUGAGGUAUCCCGAUGCUGCCUUUGAAGCCAGGAAUCACAGUGGGAAGACAUUGUGUGACUAUUUGGAGGCACUUCCAAGAGAAUGGAUCUCGGAAGAUUUGAUAGAUAUCCUCAUUGAGAAGGGCGCUCACUUGUCUCCUACAGUGUAUAACAUUGGAGACUGGGUAAAAUUCAAGAAGCACAUUAAAACUCCAACAUAUGGGUGGCAAGGAGCAAACUUUAACAGUGUUGGUUUUGUGCAAAAUGUCUUAGAUAAGGACAACCUACUGGUGGCAUUUUGUUCUGGGGAGCCACCGGAAGCUCGAGUACUGGCCAAUGAAGUUGUUAAAGUGAUUCCAUUGGAUCGGGGACAGCACGUUCAACUUAAGAAAGAAGUUAAAGAGCCGAGGUUUGGUUGGCGAGGACAUUCACGUGAUACUGUAGGAACUGUUCUUUGUGUUGAUGAUGAUGGAAUUCUACGUGUUGGUUUUCCUGGAGCAUCUAGAGGAUGGAAAGCCGAUCCUUCAGAGAUGGAAAGGGUAGAAGAAUUUAAGGUUGGAGACUGGGUUCGUGUUCGGCCAUCUCUUACCACUGCAAAACAUGGUUUAGGAUCUGUUUCUCCUGGAAGUAUUGGUGUUGUAUAUUGUAUCAGACCAGAUAACAGUCUGUUAUUGGAACUGAGUUAUCUCCUGACUCCAUGGCUUUGUGAACCCGAGGAAGUCGAACCAGUUGAACCAUUCAGGAUUGGUGAUCGGGUUUCUGUAAAGCGCUCUGUUGCUGAGCCUAGAUAUGCUUGGGGAGGAGAAACUCAUCAUAGUGUUGGAAGGAUAAUAGACAUAGAGAAUGACGGUCUUCUAAUACUUGAAAUUCCUAAUAGGCAAACUGUAUGGCAGGCUGAUCCUUCAGAUAUGGAGAAGUUGGAGGAUUUUAAGGUAGGGGACUGGGUCAAAGUAAAAGCUUCAGUAUCCAGCCCUAAAUAUGGAUGGGAGGACGUAACCAGGGGCAGUGUUGGUGUAAUCCACAGUUUGGAGGAGGAUGGUGAUGUGGGAAUUGCCUUUUGCUUUAGGAACAAACCUUUUGUAUGUUCUGUCACCGAUGUGGAGAAAGUACCUCCUUUUGAAGUUGGGGAAGAUAUUCAUUUGAUAUCCUCGGUUACUCAGCCACGCCUGGGAUGGUCAAAUGAGUCGCCAGCUACCACUGGAAGCAUUGUGAGAGUUGAUAUGGAUGGAACGUUGAAUGUUAGAGUGCCAGGUAGACAAAGUCUGUGGAAAGUUUCCCCCGGGGAUGCUGAAAGGCUCUCUGGGUUUGAGGUGGGUGAUUGGGUGCGUUCAAAACCAAUCUUGGGGGUAAGACCAAGCUAUGAUUGGAAUAGUAUUGGAAAAGAGAGUUUAGCAGUUGUGCAUAGUGUACAGGAGACUGGAUAUUUAGAAUUAGCUUGCUGUUUUAGGAAAGGGAAGUACAGUGCUCACCAUACUGAUGUGGAGAAAGUACCAGGAUAUAGAAUUGGGCAGCAUGUGAGAUUCCGAGCUGGAUUAGUUGAACCUAGAUGGGGAUGGAGAGGGGCUACACUAGAUUCAAAGGGUGUUAUAACUGCUGUUAAUGCUGAUGGAGAAGUAAGGGUGGUAUUCUUUGGUUUGCCUGGGUUAUGGAGAGGGGAUCCUGCAGAUCUUGAAAUGGAAGAAAUGUUCGAUGUUGGAGAUUGGGUUAUGUUGAAAGAAACUGCUAAUUCCUGGAAAUCGAUCGGGCCAGGGAGCGUUGGCGUGGUUCAAGGAGUUGGAUACGAAGGAAAUGAAUGGAAUGGGAAUAUUUUUGUUGGAUUCAGCGGUGAGCAGGAGCAAUGGGUAGGGCAUGCUUCCAACCUUGAAAGAUUCAACAAACUUGUCAUUGGACAACAAGUAAGGGUUAAAAACACUGUGAAGCAGCCAAGAUUUGGAUGGUCUGGGCAUAAUCAUUCCUCUAUUGGUUAUAUAACAUCCAUAGAUGCCGAUGGAAGGUUGAGAAUAUACACCCCUGCUGGUUCCAAAGCUUGGGCAUUAGAUCCUUCUGAAGUUGAUCUUGUUCAGGAAGAGGAAUUAUGCAUUGGCGACUGGGUUAGAGUUAAGGCAACAGUUUCUACCCCUUCACAUCAAUGGGGAGAUGUUCGCCAUUUGAGCCUUGGGGUGGUGCACCGCAUUGAGGAUAGUAAUCUUUGGGUAGCAUUUUGCUUCAUGGAGAGACUUUGGCUUUGCAAGGCCUUUGAGAUGGAAAAGGUCAGACCAUUCCGAGUAGGGGAUAACGUCAGAAUUAGAGAAGGGUUGGUGACUCCUAGGUGGGGUUGGGGAAUGGAAACUCCGGCUAGUAAAGGCGAGGUGGUUGGAGUGGAUGCAAAUGGGAAAUUAAGGAUAAAGUUCCGUUGGCGAGAAGGGAAACCAUGGAUCGGAGACCCAGCAGAUAUUGUCCUCGAUGAAGGCGCGGAGUUUGCUUCAAGCAGCGGGUGAAUCCUAGUAUUUUGAUGGAUUGUAUCAUUAGUUUCUCAACUUUAGUCAGGCAGGAAGUUUUGCAUGUGGGAAAGGCAACGUGUAUUUUACGGACAUGAAGCAAAGAGGCAGCAAAGAGGCAGGUUUUUAUUACUAAUAGACCAUUUUUUUUUUUCUUUCAUAGGAAAAAUUUAGGUUGAGUAAAUAUGUAGAGGUAUGGUUUUGGUGUUGUUUUGUACGAAUUACAGGUUAUUAUUAUUUAAUUUGCCCUCCUGUGUGGGGCAAACUUCUAGAGAUAAGUGAUAUUUUAUAAGCUGGAUAUUAUUAGGUUUUUGUUUUAUUGAGUAGUCGCUCUCUUGAAAAUACAGUAGAACUUCUCUUUAUUAAUCUUUUAUCUAUACAUAAUAAAUAUCUCUUAAUAAGUUUAGAAUCUCAAUGUGAUUGACCAG